UUAGUGUGUAAAACAAAACAAAAGAUUUUGGUUUUGAUUAGAAUUAGAUUAUUGUAAAAAUGAAGUUGAAGAAGAUAAGAGAAUAAAAAGGGCAGGAAGAAGAAGAAAAGAAACAUAGUCUUAUUUACAGUCUGUGUUUUGUUUUUGUUGGGAAAAACGAAGAAAAUGGGGAGAGGUAGGGUUGAGUUGAAGAGGAUAGAGAACAAGAUUAACAGGCAAGUGACUUUUGCUAAGCGAAGGAAUGGGCUUUUGAAGAAAGCCUAUGAGCUUUCGGUUCUUUGUGAUGCCGAGGUUGCUCUCAUCAUCUUCUCCAAUAGAGGAAAACUGUACGAGUUUUGCAGUAGUUCAAGCAUGAUGAAAACAUUGGAGAGGUACCAGAAGUGCAGCCACGGAGCUCCUGAGACAAAUGUUUCAGCUAGCGAGGCUCUGGAGCUUAGCAGUCAGCAGGAAUAUCUGAAGCUCAAGGCACGAUAUGAAGCCUUACAGAGGUCCCAAAGGAAUUUACUAGGAGAAGAUCUUGGCCCUUUGAGCAGCAAAGAGCUCGAGUCGCUCGAGAGGCAGCUCGAUUCGUCGUUAAAGCUGAUCCGAUCAACACGGACUCAAUACAUGUUGGAUCAGCUCACUGACCUCCAACGAAAGGAAUAUCUACUUAAUGAAGCCAACAGGACCCUAAAACAAAGGUUGAUGGAAGGGUAUCAAGUAAACUCACUUCAGUUGAACCCAAACGUCGAAGAUGUCGGCUACGGCCGACAACCAGCCCAUCAGCCUCAGGCUGGCGAUGUCUUCUUCCAUCCAUUGGACUGCGAGCCAACAUUGCAUAUCGGAUAUCAGCCGGAUACGAUAUCGGCCGUCACUGGGGGUCCGAGUGUGAAUAAUUACAUGACGGGAUGGCUACCAUGAUUAUGAUGAUACAUGAAAUAAAUAUAAGAAAGCAUGCAUGGCGUACGCAUUCCUUUUCAUGGAAUAUCAGCACAUUUCAUCAUAUCUGUGUUUGCAUGGUUAUUUGUGUGUAAUGUGGUGGAUUUAAUAGUGUAUUAACUUUCGUGACUUUUUAAUUAGGAUGCCAAUGCGCAUCUCUCUCUGACAA